AUGUCUCAACUACCCUUGCAGAUCCGAAAAGACAUUCGCGACGUCUUCGAAAAGGAUGACGGCGCUGUGCAGAAAUCCUUUGUAAAAUUAAAAGAGAUCGUCGGGUACCCUGUGUCGUGCACUGCAGAAUGGCACAUGCUCUGGGCUGAGCUGGAGUCCCUGUGUCCCGACAAAGCGACCUUCGUACCCACGAUCGCCAAACUAGUGGAGGCGUGGUGCCACAGUCUCGGCAAGAGACUAGAAGAUGAUAGCCGAUUUGAAGCUUGGACGGAGCUGUUUCUUGAAAAACUCAAACUCGUCAAUGUCUUGAAGCUGUCUAUUCAGGUCGCAGCCGAUGGACCCAGAGUCCGGACCGCAUGGUCUGGGACAAAAUCGACAUUCAUCAUCUUACUACCCAAAACCGCGAAGUUCCAAACCAUGCAUGCCGCAUCGGCUUUCGGGGAGGACUUCGAAUCAAUAUUUGACCCUCCAACGUCCUCUUCCCACAACCAAGAGGUGGUCAAGGGACACCACCAGAUCCACGAUGAUGAAGACUGGGCAGAAUUGGAGUCUGUCGCUGAAACAAAAAGUGCUAGUCUCAGCAUCAGCACGACAAACCGUGUGGCAGUAGCAUAUCCGUCAGAGCCGAAUCCAGAUGUCCUGCCCUCGCUUGAGACGCUGCCGAGGCCCGAGAUUCUCUUUCAAACCACGACCCCGUACCUGAUGCUAGUAUCCUCGAACGGGUUGAACAAGGUCACGAUAAACGGCACUCAUGAGCCCAGUCUGCGGCUUUUGGCCGAGUAUCUUAAACGGUGGAUCAGGACUGAUCCUCAAGAUGUCCGAAAGAUCCCGUACCUGCGCAUCAAGCUGAACGAGUCGAACUUUGGUUUUGGGAUGUUUUCAGACUCGUUGACCAUCGAACCUUUCGAUCAUCAUCAACGGCAUGGGGUGGUAAAUGUGGCUUUGAUUCUUGCGUUUAUCCAAGGUGUCUUGGGGUACCAUCGCGUUCUUGAAAUGUCUGGUGCUGGUAAUUGGGAGUUUAGACGGGAUACACCAUUCGCAGCGUGA